AUGGAUUCAUCUUUAUCUGGAGAAAAUUCCCAAAAAAUGGCCUUUCCUAAAACUGUUGCCCCAAUUGUGGCUUCAGCAGGAGGGGUGGCAAUGUUCUUAGUUAUUGCUUCAUUACUUUUAAUUUCACACCCAAUCGGUUCCACAGUUAGCAGUUAUUUUUAUGGAGUUGAUCGAACCGUAAAAGUUGAUCAUUUUGCUACUAGUAAUAACAGAACAAGUUCUAAGCCAUCUCAGACUAAUGUAAGUGGUAUUAGCAAUGGAAAUUCAUCCGGGCUUGUUCUUGAAAUAGGAACUAAACAAUCUUCCAAUGGUGGUAAGAAUGCCGACACCGCCGGCAAUAAAACUGCAACUUUGGAUGUGUUUGAUGGUGCUAAUGUGCAGAAGAGCAACAGAACGGCAGAUAAUUUAGCAACUUCAGGGAAAAUGGAUUUAUGA